AUGCUUCGUGAUAAUCCGGUUUCGGAAUUGCCAAAUUAUCGUCAAUAUGUCGCUAAAACACUUCCAAGAUUAGAAAAACUCGAUGAUAUUGAUAUUUCUUCAUCAGAUGCAUCAUACAAUCCAGGACCUAUGCUAAAUAUUCCACAGAACGCAUUCCAACAACAACAGCAACCACCACAACAACAAAGAAAUUUACAGAUGAAUCCACCAAAUUCUGGCCGCAGAAUCAACUCAUCGCGCAUGCAUAAUGAAGAAAGGCAAGAAACUUGGCAAGAUCCGCAGAUUCCUCCAAGAGAAAUACAUAAUCAUCAUCAAAAUCAGCCGCCACCUCGUCAAAUGCAACCUAGAGCUAUGAUGGCUCCUGGAUCUGCGGAUGACGCGAUGCUUGCAGCAGUUUUAGCUCUUAUACCAGAAUUAUCUGAUGAUUCUAUCCAAAUCGUCCUUGAUGCGAUUAGAAACCGUCAUACAUAA